UCUUCUUUCCAACACAAACUUUCAGUUUCUCCUUAUAUGAAUCGAUGUGCAUUUCUUUAUAUCGCAUUGACAUGCCAUCGAUUACAUAAAUAUAUAUCCAUUAUACAUAUUAUAUAUGUAUGUGUGUAAAUAAUAUAUGGAUCAUCAUCAUCAUCAGCCGCCUCCACCAUCUCCCGAUCCGCCUUCGCUGCUGCCCCCGCCUUCAUUGGCCACUCCCACAACGAGGCCCGACCCAGUGUCCCCGAGACUCGUACCGUCCCCAGACGGAUCAUCGGGCAAGCACCAUCCUAACUAUCGGGGAGUGCGGUCGCGGAGUGGGAAAUGGGUGUCGGAGAUACGAGAGCCCCGGAAGACCACCCGCAUUUGGCUCGGGACCUACCCAACCCCAGACAUGGCAGCUGUGGCCUACGACGUGGCGGCGUUGGCCCUAAAGGGGCCUGAAGCCACCGUGAAUUUCCCGGAGUUGGUCCACGCAUACCCAGUCCCAGCUUCCACUUCCGCGGCCGAUAUUCGAGCAGCGGCAGGAAGGGCAGCAGCAGCCCGCGAACCAAAGCCGGAGCUCAAACAGAACCAGCCGGUUCAGAGCCAACCCGAGGGUGAUGCGGGUGCAUCAUCUGGCAGCACAAUGACUGCUACCUCAAGUGCGGCAGCGGAGCAAGAGUUUAUAGAUGAGGAGGCCAUUUUAGAUAUGCCGAAUCUGUUGGUGGACAUGGCAAAGGGAAUGCUCGUGAGCCCGCCAAGAAUGAAGUCGGCCUCCCCAGAUGAUUCGCCGGAGGAUUCAGACGGGGGAGGCCUGUGGAGCUAUCCUUAGAGAAAGAAAACACAAAGUUCAUUCGCAAAAUUGGCCCCGUGAAUGAAUCAAAGAAGCAUAGAUAUAGAUCACUAGUGACGCGACGCUUAAUGAUCGAUUAAUCAGCGCCAGCGACCGUUGGUUUUGUUUUUGCAGCUGAUUUUUGGGUUAAUUUUAAGAAAUUAUUAUAUGAAUAACAGCUGCUCUUUAAGAACUUGGUUUUUGCAGAAAACCUAAUUAAUCUUGAGAAAUUUUAAAAACGUUCUCAUUCUGCAUAUAA